CCGCUGCUCCUCGGAAUACCAUUGAAAUGCUCCUCCCCGUCGUCAGAUCCUGUUGUUGUCUACCGUCAAGCCUCGACAUGUCUUGUUCCUGUACAUGGAGACCUUGUGCGCCACGUCCGUCGGCCCAUCUCCACUUUGGCACUAUUCACGGAGCCCCUGAUACUGUAUACGUAGUGUCUGGUAUGUUGUACUAGUGUUCUUCUACAUCCAUCCCAAGAGAUUGGAAAAUGCACAUCAGGAAUUCAAAGAAGUGAAUUUUGCUCUCCACUUCCCCAGCUGCCCGGCAAACCUUCUGCCCCGCAGUUUGUGCUAAUGGCGUGUGCUGGCGUUUUGCGUACCAUAUUUUUGACGUUUGACUUGAGCCCGAUCGACCUAGGACUCUAGACGCAGAAGCAUAGCAGAGGUGACGGCCGGGAAUGCCACCACUCUAUCUGCCCAGGGCAUGAAUUCGACCCCGAAACAAACCAGCCAAAAGGGCCGUCCUGCCGUUGCCACGGGACAGCCAAAAACCGCUGCUCCGUUGCCCUCGAUUCCUCCUCCUCACCAACGCCAACCAUGUGCGCGCGCAUUGAAUCCGUCCUUGGGCGACAACGGGGGCAGUAAAUCCCGUCCAUAUGGACGUCCUGGAGGAAGCAGUAAACUCCGUUUCAAGGCUUUCCCGUUUGGCCAAUAUUCGAAUUGGCAUGCAGUUCAUUAGCGCAUCCAGACUUUGUUUUGGACGUAGCUGUAGUUUCAUGCAAACACGGCGUGAUUUCACGUUGGGGCUUCCUGCAAGCUUUACCAUGUGGCAUGACACGGGUAGGCCCACCGUAUCAAGCAUGGUGAAGGUGUUCCUUUUUUUUUUGGAGCUGAAAUUGAUGUGGAUAGCUUUUAACAUGUGCUACUUUCUUUCUAAAAUUUACUCUGUCUCAAUUGAUUUGACUAUUUUUCUUGCGUGCAACUCAUGAGAAAUAAGCCCAUGGACCCGAGUACCUGACAUUUGAAAAAUCCGUGGCUCAAGUGUCGCUGCACCUGGCGAGAGUUCCUCUCCUCUCGCAAAAAAUGUGCCUGCACAAGACCAGGUUGGUAUACUUGAGCCGAGACUUUUUCCGAGAGGAAGACUUGAUUUUUAUUUUCUUCUAAAAAAAGGAGAAAUUAAAAUGGAACCGGACUGGCCUGCGCCGGGCCCCCACCCACCGUUUCCGAGUGUCAUCCGCACCCCGCGUCCUCCCCCUCCCUCCUCCGAAUAAAUCCCAGCCAUUACGGCGCCAUUGCCCAGCCCAACCACUCUCCUCGCCCCAGCGGAGCGUCGAGGGGAGAACGGGAAAGCCAAGAAAAUCCAAGCUGCACCGCGCGGUACAACGCUGGUAUACAAAGCGGAGCACGCCAAAAUCCAAACCCAACCAACCAACCAACCGCGCCGCUCCUGUCUUCCGGUGUGCAGUGGCCGGCCCGGGCGCCUCGCGAUCUGCCUGCCUGCCCCUCCUCCUCGGCGGCGCGGCGGCGGUCGGCCGGCGUGAUGAGCGCGGGGAGAUGAGGUGCAAGCUCCACCCCUACGCCAACGCCGUGGGCGUCUGCGCGCCCUGCCUCCGCGACCGCCUCCUCGCGCUCGCCGCCGAGCGCGCGCAGGCCGCCGAGGCCAGCAGCGACGGCGGGAGCAGCAGCUACGGCAGCUCGCCCCCGCCGCUGCCCGCGCGGCGGCGCCACCACGCCGCGGAAGGGGGGUUCCCGCGCUCCGUCUCGCCGUACGCCGCGCACCGGCGCUCCGACGCCUGCGCGUACGCGACCUCCUCGUCGCAGCAGCAGCCCAACCUGCUCUUCUUCCGCACGCCGCAGGUCGGCCCCGCCGCGGCCGCCUUCCGCCCCGACGAGCCCGUGGAGGAGGGCCGCGGCAGGAAGAGGGCCGCGCAGAGGCGGUCCUUCCUGUCAGCGAUCUUCGGCGGCGGCAGACGGCACCACGGCGGGGAAGAGCCGGCCAAGAAGGAGCCUCCCCGGCGGUCCACCUCGUGGCUCUCCGCGAUCAUCCGCCGCAAGCGGAGGCCGGUGGACCUGUCCGCGGCGGCAUCCUUCCCCGCGCCGCCGGCGCAGCCGGACGAGGAGCCCGAGUCCCCCGGCGGCGGCGGCAGCAGCAGCAGCUGGUGGUUCCCCUCGCCGUCGCCGGCCAGGCAGCCGCACCGUCGCCGGCACGGCGGCGGCGCGGGCGCCAGCGGGGACGGGAUCUCGGGGUUCGCGGUGUGCCUGAGCCCGCUGGUCCGGCCCAGCUCCGCCGGCGGCCGGCGCCGGUGCCAGCCGCCGGACCCAUCCGCCAUGGGGGACAGCCACCGGCGCCACGCGUCCGCCGGGGGCGCCGCGUCGUUCGGGCGCAACACCUCCCGGAAGCUCGCCGACAUGGGCAGGUUCCGAUGACGCGCGCGGCCUCUCCUCGCCGGCCGGUCAAAUCCCUUUUCUUUUUUCUUUCUUUGUGCUUUCUUUGAUCUUCUCUUCUCCUCGGCUACAAAUUUAAACCUCGACAUUUUGUUAAUCUCGAAGAUGAUAUGAUGAUGUAUGCUAGCGCUAGCCGCUAGGCGGCAUGAGAGUGAAAGCAAAUUGGAAAAAAAAAAGAAAAUUUCAAAUGGUUUGUA